GAACUUUCAAAUGGGGAAUAACCAAAGAAACUUCCAAUAUCAAUGUCCAAGUCUUGGCAAGAAAAACUCUGGGUCAAUGCUUGUCAUUUUCUAUAAGUAAACAUCUUUCUUAUGAAGCUGUUCAUACAAACUUUACCAUCUCAGCUUUCUUUUCCUGCUACCUUAACAUUAAGUCAUGGCGAGAACUGAAGAACAUCAACACUCCAUCAAGGUUGAAGAAGGAUGGCCGGUGAUUCAAGAGGGAGUAGACAAACUGAUUAAGGGCAUAGAAGGGGAUAACAGUCAAAGUUUCUCAUCUGAAGAUUACAUGCGUUACUACACAACUGUAUAUAACAUGUGUCAUCCAAACCCUGCCGGUGCCAAUUGCCAGGUAUUAUAUGAGAAGUAUAAGAACAUUUUUGAAGAGUACAUCACCAGCAAGGUGAUGCCCUCUUUGCAAGGAAAGGAAGGUGAAGCUUUGCUACAAGAAUUAGAGAAAAGAUGGUCAAAUCACAAAAUGAUGACUAGGUGGCUUAGCAGAUUCUUUCAUUACAUAGAUAGAUACUUUGUUGCUGUGAAGAAGGUUCCUUCAGUCCAAGAAGUUGCCCUUUCUUCUUUCUAUAAUUUGAUAUUUGGUGAAAUGAAUAAUCAAGUCAGAGAUGCUGUUCUGUCUAUGAUUGAUCGGGAGCGCGAAGGAGAAGAUAUUGAUCAGGCAUUAGUGAAGAAUGUUCUGGCUGUCUAUGUCGAUGUUGGACAAGGCUCAUUGAAAUACUAUGAAAAAGACUUUGAAGAAGCCAUGUUUGAAGAUACUGCUGCAUUUUAUUCCACCAAGGCCUCCAAGUGGAUAAAAAAUGAAUCUUACAAGAAUUACAUGCUUAAGGUUGCAAGCUGCUUGAAACAUGAAAGAGAGACAAUUUCUUGCUAUCUGCAGGACAGAAGCCAAAGGAAGUUACUUGAGAUUGUUGAACAUGAAUUGCUGUCUGUACAUGCAACUGAAUUGCAAGAGAAGGAACAGCUGGAUGCGUCUCCAUUGACAGAAACAUCAAGGUGAUUCAAACUGCCAUGCCAUGGAGGAUGAUUAAAGUUUGAACUCUACACAAGCAAGUGAAACACGAUACAUUUUGCAAGAAGAAAUCAGAUACAGUAUAUAUAUGAUAGAUUGGCUAAUCCAUUAUGGGGUUGUAGAAGAUCUUACUCCAAGAAUUUGUAGUAUAAGCAGUGCUAUAUUGAGUUGUAAAAUUGCAGGAUUGUUCAGAAUAAAGGGUGGUUGAGAGAAAAGGUUAAACUGA